AUGGCGCGGUGCUACUGUCACUGGGGUAACGUGUUAUUCUGCAUUUGUGCUCCAUGCAUCUGCCUGGUCCUGCUGUUUUUAGUAGUCGGUGUCAUGAUGUGUACAACGUUGAAUGACACAAUAAAAGCAGGAAUCUUGGACCCUCUUCACUUUGUGGCCCCAGGAACAUAUAGUAAUGGAAGCUUUGCUCCUCUGCCUAAAACUUUCUGGGACUUCAACCUGCACAAAAAUGCCUAUUGGAACCGGCUUCAGCUGGCCAUCGACCACCAAUUAAACCCCAUCUUGCGCCCCAAUAGAAUCAGGCGGGGAUCUGAAAACAGCAUCUUUGAUGAUUCCCUACUGAGUCAAAGUUUCUCUGAAGUUAAUGACUUGGACAGCAUGAGGAAACACUUUGACAAGAUGCCAGAUCAGAUGAAAAAAUUUGUGGGCAACAUGAACAAAAGGGACUACCCAGUCCUCCUUCAGCCAAAUGCAGUCUGUGGAGCUGGGGCAAAAGAUGAGAAGGAACCCCCUCUGCUUCUUCUAGCCAUCAAGACGACAGAGGUGAACUUCAAGAACCGACAGGCCAUCCGAAGGACCUGGGGUCAGGAGGGGUGGGUGGCAGGGCAGAGGAGGAACAACAACAAAACAAAAGAUGGAGGAUACGUUCGCAGAGUGUUCCUGCUAGGCAAAGAAAAUCCUCAGGAGCUGGGUGUGGAUUUGUCUGCUCUAAUGGAGAUGGAGAGUAAGCAUUAUGGAGACAUUCUGCAGUGGGACUUCAGUGACACAUUUUUCAACCUCACGUUGAAGGAUGUGCUCUUCUGGAACUGGUUCUCUCAAUUCUGUAACCAGACUCUAUUCGUCUUUAAGGGUGAUGACGACAUCUUCAUCAACACACCAAGAUUGAUAUCCUACCUCCAGGACCAGCUGAGGAAGCCACAAGCUGACAAGGCUAUGAUUGACUUCAUGGUUGGAGAUGUCAUAAGAGCUGCCUCACCCAAUCGAGUCAACAGGUCCAAGUACUUCAUCCCAGACAGCUUCUACAAGGGCACCUAUCCUACAUAUGCAGGAGGGGGAGGGGUGGUGUACUCAGGCCUGUUGACAAAACGCUUGAACAAUGUAUCUAAAAGAGUCCACCUGUUCCCCAUUGAUGAUGUUUUUGUAGGGAUGUGUAUGGUUCGACUUAACGCCAACCCCAUCCACCACCAUGCCUUCCUCACGUUUGACUUUCCAGCAAAGGAUGGGGAGAAGCUGUGUGCAUACCACACAAUCUUACUGGUCCACAAACGAAACCCCAUCCAACUAUUUCAACUGUGGGCAGACUUGAAAAAGACAGAGACACAGUGUUGGGAUACGACCCUGCGGAUGAUAAAGGAGAAGAAACAUAACACUGCAACUGUAAGUUAA